AUGAGGGACCCAGUGACCUACUGUCAUGGCCUGUGCUGUGUUGUUGCAGAUGUCAAGACGACCGUGGUUUACCCCGCCACAGAGAAACACCUGCAGAAGUACCUGCGCCAGGACCUGCACCUGAUCCGAGAGACGGGAGAUGACUACAGGAAAAUUACCUUACCCUACCUGGAGUCCCAGAGCCUCAGCAUCCAGUGGGUGUAUAACAUUCUUGACAAGAAGGCUGAAGCUGACCGGAUUAUUUUUGAGAACCCAGAUCCUUCUGAUGGCUUCGUCCUCAUCCCUGACCUCAAGUGGAAUCAGCAGCAGCUCGAUGACCUGUAUUUGAUUGCCAUCUGCCAUCGCCGGGGCAUCAGGUCACUUCGGGACCUUACUCCAGAGCACCUGCCGCUGCUCAGGAACAUCCUCUGCCUGGGGCAGGAAGCCAUCCUGCAGCGCUACCAGGUGAAGGGAGACCGCCUCCGUGUGUACCUGCACUAUCUGCCCUCCUACUACCACCUGCACGUGCACUUCACUGCCCUGGGCUUUGAGGCCCCUGGCUCAGGGGUGGAGCGGGCUCACCUGCUAGCUGAGGUGAUCGAGAACCUGGAGUAUGAUGCCACAUACUACCAGCAGCGCACGCUCACCUUCGCCCUCAGGGCUGAUGACCCCCUGCUCACUCUCUUGCAGGAGGGCCAGCCAAGCUGAGUCACCAUGGGGAGAAGAGCACAGAGGGAUAGGAUUUGGGGAGGUGGGAUUUUUAUCUCCAACUGAAUUUUUAAAAAUGUAUUUUGUACUUGCUUCCUCCUAGUAUGUGAAUAAAGUACUGGGCUCAUUCA